UUUUGAAAAUGGACGCGAGCAAUACUGGGAACCAUAAUAAGGAGCUCUUUCCUAACUGCAACGUAGCUUUUAGCGACGAUUCUAACGCAUCAGAUAUAGAUAUCGAUGAAAUUGUAGCCAGUAUAACUACUUCUCAAAGGUUCGAUUUUAAUUCAACGAAAAGCCUAUUCAACAUUGCGCUCGAUGGCUUUCGGGAAAAAUCGAACGAAGAAAUUGAUAGAUAUAAGGAAUCGGCGCAAAAGGUGGAGAAAGAAUGGAUAGACUUUAUAAUUGGUUGUAUAGAUGUUUUUAAAGAGACAAUAGCGAAGCAUGCUACGCCUUUCCAGUGCGAACCUAGCAAAGAUCAGCAGGCUUACCUAGACCAAAUGCCCGAUCUUCAAAACUUUCUACGAAAUUCCGUUGCAUUUGUAAAAGAUGCAACAACUUUUUUGGAGAAGGAUCAUGCUGAAAUGUCAGAACUGCAGUUAUCAUUAAUGGACGCAUGCCAACAUAUUCUGAAUUCCGAAAGCAGGAUUCGCCUAAAUGAAAAUUUGGCAGCCUCUGAUUGUACUGAACGCCAUUAGGUUUUUAAAAUGUGAACAAAUAAAAGUUGAAACAAGUAAA